UUCGCUUUCGUUAGUACUAUGAUUGUGUCCCCCGCAUUACCGUUCUCCACUUCCCACGAGUGGAGACCAUUUCUCAGCGGGUAGCCGCUCGUCCACGGCUUAAGCAAACGUGCUAAAGUCACAUGUUGACGAACUCUAACGCUGUUAAGACCGAGGUCACAGCAAGGUGACGGAUGUGUCGCCUUUGUCGGCUUUCAUUUAUUGUUCGAGUUCCAAGGGACCCACGUGGUUGCGGGGAUGGAAGCUUUAUUGAAACCUUAAUGCUGGUCGCAUGACAUCAUCCAGAGUCCUUUGUCGUCGCGUACCAGCUGAAUAACCUGCCAAUUCCCAGACACACCAGUGCACAUCGUUCCCCCGUUUCCCGUCCCUUCUACACUAAUAACACACAUACUACGCACAUUGAGAUAUCGGUACGGUCAUGCAUACGGCGACACGUUCAAGAACUAUCCGGAAGGCCACGAAAAAGGGUAUUCCUUUCAUUCUUAUGGUGGUAGGAACAAGUGGUCUUGGUCGGACAGCGUUUGUGAACACAUUGUGCGAGCGGCCGCUUAUUCAACGACGUGAUAAUUUCGAUCCUGCUGAUACUGCGGCUACUCCAAAUGUCGAAAUUGUUCCUUACCAUGCGGAUUUGGAAAUGGAAGAUAAAACAAAGAUUUCUCUCACUGUUUUGGAUGCACUUAAUUUUGGAGAGGCAAUUAACAAUGAAAAUAACUUUGAAAUUAUUCAGAACUACAUCGAGACACAAUUUGACAAUGUUCUCGAAGAGGAAUCACGAAUCAAGAGAAACGCCAGAUUUCAGGAUAAUCGCGUACACGCGUUGAUUUAUUUCAUCGCACCUACAGGCCAUGGUUUACGCGAAUUAGACAUUGAGCUGAUGCGGCGUCUGGGACCGUGUGUUAAUAUUCUCCCCGUCAUCGCUUUGGCCGAUUCCCUAACUCCAGACGAACUUGAACUGAAUAAAAAGCUUAUAAACGAGGACAUAGAGCGCUAUCAAAUCCCUGUGUAUCAGUUUCCUGUCAACGCGGAAGAGCACGAUGAUAAUCUCAUCCAAGCCAGUGAUUACCUUCGCUCGUUGAUGCCAUUUGCUGUUGUCAGUUCUGAUCAGCUUGCUGAAAUAAACGGCCAGGUUCGUCGGGCUCGUGUUUAUCCGUGGGGAAUUGCUGAAGUUGACAACCCCGAGCACUCAGACUUCCAAGCCUUACGUUCGGCACUCUUCCAAUCCCAUCUGGAUGAAUUGCGUGAAAUGACGACCGAUGUACUUUAUGAAAACUACCGUACGAAGAAGCUUUCACAAUCGCAACUUGUUCUCAACGCGAGCAGCCCCAUCGUUCCUAAUGUCCAGACUGAUAUUCUCAGGGAGGAGGAACGUCUGCGAGCUAUCGAGAUGUCCGUUCAGAAGGAGAUUGAGGAAAAGCGUCGCCAGUUGCUAGCCCGUGAGGAAGCAUUACAUGCCCUCGAACAAAAACUUGCUGCUGCAAACUUGAAUGCGGGUGUGAACGACUCUCAACCUAACACUAUUACUACAUCUAUACCAACACCGACGCUGAUGACACCCACGAUUGUUAUGAAGGACGUAUCUGCCCCCAUAGCUGCCAGUAACAUCCCUCAAGGAGCAUGAGGGACGUGACAGGACAAGUGUUUGUAUUUAGGUGAAAGCUAUUAUUGACGAUGUUGAUGACAAAGCCCUCUCCAGUUUGUCCAACCAACCGACUAUUCAUGAAACCAUCAACUAUUACUGCAAAGGAUAAACAGUUAAUUAAACAGGCCUGAAAGAAUGAAGCAUAUGAACAUUAAAAAUUUCAAGAAGCGAUGUGGGAGCCGUCGAGGGCUGGCCCCUCAAACGAUGUUUUUUAGGCAUCGUCACUGAUCUUAAUGAUGACCUUGCCACGACUUCUUGAAGACAUGGAUUGUUGAAAGGCGCCCAGGGCAUCAUCAAACGUAUGUACACUGUCCACCACCGUCUUCAUGUGGUGUUCUGUAAAGAAGUCGGUGAACUCCUUCAACAGCUUAGGCUGGACAUUCAACGUGAAAUCUGUGUACUUGUGCACUGAACCGCCUAAGAAUCUAGGACGAAAAUCUCGCAAAAGCUUCAGCGAAAGGUAGGAGAGCUUGAAAUCAGCGGCGAUACCCACAUAGCUACCAUCAGACUUGAGGAACUUGUAGGAGUUCUUAUACAACUCAUAAUUUUCGCCAACAGCAUCAAAGACGGCAUCGUAAGGAGCGAGGUCGUUGAGUCUGUCCAAAACAUCUUCGGUUGUGUAGUCAAUUGUGUAUGUGGCGCCCAACUCGUGACACAGGGUCAAGUUUCUCGUGGAUGAUACCGUUGUCACUUCACAGCCUAGGGCUCUGGCAAUUUGGAUGGCAAAUGUUCCUACACCGCCAGAGCCGCCGAUAACGACAAGACGUUGGUUGCGUCUCAUGUGCAUUUGCUCUGUUAAAGCCUGGAAGGCAGUCAUACCGGCGAUACCGAGUCCAGCGGCCUCCUUCAAUGAUACAGUGUCAGGAAGACCAAUUGUCAAGCUGCUGUCGCACACGAGGUGGGUACUGAGUGCACCUUCGUGUGUAGAAAGCAAUUGACGAACAUCCUUGACGCCCCAAACUCUUUGGCCAACAGUAAGGUCUUUCACAUCCUUACCAACGGCAAGCACCGUUCCGGAGAAAUCUUCACACGGAAUGACGGGGAAGGACAUAGCGACCUUACCGAAGAUGCGAUGGAUUCUCAUCACCUUGUAAUCCAAAGGGUUGAGGCUUGUGUACGCGACCUUCACAAGAACUUGAGUAGGGGACAGCGAGUCUGCAUCUUGCACAGGUCCUUCACCCUUUUCCAGGACGGCCUCUGGAGAUCCAGUACGCUCGUACUUCCAGAACUUGCGAACCUCGGUAGGAGCGGGAGCGGGAGAUUCAGUCGCUUGAGUUUCUUGCGCCAUGAAGCUAAGAGAGAUUGUUACAAUUAAAGAAGAGAACCGAUUUGCAGUUACGUUACUGCCACGAAGGACGAGAUUGUUUGGAAUGUAGUUGGUUCUAACCGGGUUGCGUUUGAGCUGCGUAACUUGGGUUUUGCUAGGAAUAAGUAGCUGCCCGUCACACGUG